UACGAACACUCCUGGAAUUCAAGCACUGGAAAGUGAGCGGAACUCACGACGACCGAAAUGAAUUACGUUGGCGUGUUCUUGGUUGCCGCGGUCGCUAUGGCUGCGCAAGGUAUGCCAUCAGCCCGAACCUUUGGCUCGUCGCAGCAUCCAGGGCACAACGUCCCUGCCCACCAUCACGACGCAAAUCAGCAUGUUGCCUUUCCGGGCACUCAGCACGAGACGGCCAACCACGGGCACCAGGUUCUUGUUGAAGACGACUCUUUCGUCUCCGCUCUUGUCUGCCAAGUUGUCAAGGUUCCUGUUGGCCAGUCCGGUGCACAACCAGCCAGCGCCGGUUCCAGUUCCACGUCGGUCGUGGCAUCUUCAGCCAUUUCCUCCUCGCAAGACGCCUUGUCUAAUCUUAGGUCCCGUGUCAGGACGGCGGUGGAUCAACUUGUCGACCCUGUCGUCACCGCCUUGCAGAACGUAUCGCUCUGGCUCAACCGUACGUCGCAAUUGCACCUGAACCAAUCCCACCAGCACCUGGCUCACCACCAGCAUCAACACCAGCAUUCAGGCCAAGUUAGCCACGCCCUCCAGCACUCUCCUCACGAGCAUCAGCAUAUGCACGGUAACCAGGUCAACCAGCACAUGGCUCACGGGCAUGCUCUAGGCCAUCAAACACCGCAAGUGGUUAGCAACGCGGCUGUGCCGAUGAGCGUCGUAUCUGUUCCUGUCCUAGUGCCCGCACUAUACACCGGCUCAUUUCGUCGAAUGAACCUGUCUGCCCUUGUGCCUGCCAGCGUCGAUGUGCCUUCUCUUCACUUUUCAAACCCUGGCCUGGAUAAAUCCACAUCUCAGGUCACCGCUGCCGCCGAACCUGUCACUGCCACUUCCCACCUGAUGUCAACACCUGCUCACCGUGGCCUCGUUGGUCGCACUGGUUCCCUGCCGACUGCUCCCAGUACGGGCGUUCCCCAUACUCUGGGGUCCGACAUUUCUUCUACUGCAGGUUCUGAUAUUACCACGACUUCGGUCUGGUCGGGAAACCUCGGCGACACGACAGGAAUGAACGGCACGCAGGCGCCUACAAGUUAUCACCCAGCAUACACUGGUUACUAUCGCCUUCCGGUGAAGGUUCCCACUCUCAGCCUGUUCGCUGCACCCGGCACGGACACCCCGUAUCGUGAGGUGUAGGAAGUGUUCUCCCGCAUACUGCAGGAUUUCACAAUAUACGACGUAUUCGAUUCAGUCUGGAAACCUCGACAGCGCAACUGGAAGGAGCGACGCGCCGGCGCCUAUAAUCUCACCUGCCGCCAACGCACCCUGAAUAUUGAACACCGACCAGAAUUGGUCUGUAGCUAGCGGGACGAUUGAUUAGUUUUCCAGUUCUCGGGAAAUUAUACUUUAUAUAUGAAUUCUGUCAUUGCGGCAGUGAACUUUUAGCAUUCCUCUUUUGCACUGACAAACCCUGGAAAUACAGCUGCAAUAAAGAAACCGUUUUUAAA